AUAAACCCUAAUUUGCUCCCCAAAUUUCUCAAACCAGUUAUUUCUUCAUCUUCAAGGAUUUUUAAUAGAUCAGAAAAAUGGGUCAAGGAACACCAGGAGGACUGAACAGACAGGGAGGAGGGGCUCCUGGGGAUCGAAGAAACGAUGGUGAUAACAAGAAGGAGAAGAAAUUCGAACAACCAACACCACCAACAAGAGUUGGUCGUAAACAGCGAAAACAAAAAGGAUCAGAAACAGCAGCAAGAUUACCAACAGUAACACCAUUAACUAAAUGUAAACUUCGAUUAUUGAAACUUGAAAGGAUUAAAGAUUAUUUGUUAAUGGAAGAAGAAUUUGUUAGUAAUCAAGAGAGAUUGAAACCACAGGAAGAUAAAAAUGAAGAAGAUAGAUCUAAAGUUGAUGAUCUAAGAGGUUCACCUAUGAGUGUUGGUAGUCUUGAAGAACUUAUUGAUGAGAAUCAUGCUAUUGUUUCUUCUUCCGUCGGGCCUGAAUAUUAUGUCGGGAUUUUGUCUUUUGUUGAUAAAGAUCAACUUGAACCUGGUUGUGCUAUUCUUAUGCAUAAUAAGGUUCUCUCUGUUGUUGGGCUUCUUCAAGAUGAUGUUGAUCCCAUGGUGUCCGUUAUGAAGGUUGAGAAGGCUCCACUGGAAUCUUAUGCAGACAUUGGUGGACUAGAUGCACAAAUUCAGGAAAUUAAAGAGGCAGUUGAACUUCCACUCACUCAUCCCGAAUUAUACGAAGAUAUUGGUAUUAAACCCCCUAAAGGAGUCAUCCUUUACGGAGAACCUGGAACAGGGAAGACCUUACUCGCUAAGGCAGUGGCCAACUCAACAUCAGCUACUUUCUUGCGUGUUGUUGGAAGUGAAUUGAUCCAAAAGUACUUGGGAGAUGGUCCAAAAUUAGUGAGGGAACUGUUCAGGGUUGCUGAUGACCUUUCACCUUCCAUUGUCUUCAUUGAUGAAAUUGAUGCGGUUGGUACUAAAAGGUACGAUGCGCAUUCAGGAGGUGAACGUGAGAUUCAGAGGACCAUGUUGGAACUGCUGAACCAGUUGGAUGGUUUUGAUUCAAGAGGAGACGUCAAAGUUAUUCUUGCUACAAACAGAAUUGAAAGUCUCGAUCCUGCUUUGCUAAGACCUGGACGAAUAGAUAGGAAAAUCGAAUUCCCUCUUCCUGACACCAAAACAAGGAGACGCAUUUUCCAGAUCCACACUUCAAGGAUGACAUUGGCAGAUGAUGUUAACCUAGAAGAAUUUGUGAUGACUAAAGAUGAGUUCUCUGGAGCUGAUAUUAAGGCUAUAUGUACUGAAGCCGGUUUGCUUGCCUUAAGAGAACGCCGUAUGAAGGUGACACACCCGGACUUCAAGAAAGCAAAGGAGAAGGUUAUGUACAAGAAGAAAGAGGGAGUCCCGGAAGGACUUUACAUGUAAUAAAAACAAGCCAUGGGGAGCGUUUAGAUCAUCUGGAUACUUGCUUGCCAUUUCCUUGUUUUAGAUUCUGUUUUCAUUGCUGGGAUUGUUCUUUUUUUUUUUUACUGUUUCUCUGGUGCUUGUUGUUGAACUUUAUAACAGCGCUGUCACUUCUCCUUGGUUACUGAAACUAUCUUUGCAGUUUCUUUACCCUUUGUUCGCAGAGUUAAGUUAUGUUUCUCUCCUCUUUUGGUUCA